AUGUCUUUUGCGUCCCCUGGGAUAUACCGCACCGUAAAUGACGAUUACGGUGUGAACAAGAAACGCAGGUCUGGAUCCUUGCCCUCCAUGGACCAUGGAGUCCUUGACAACACGAAACACAAGCUGGAUGCGAACCAGAACAGCCCGGCAUCUCUCCUGUCCGUGCUUCCUUCUCCACGCGCCCUAGCCGUCAUCCACCCGCCCAAGAUACCCCCCGAGGUACUCUCCUUCACGGUGAAUCAGUCCGCGUACGAGACAUAUGUGGAUGAGUUCCAGGAUGAGGUGGACCGGUACAUCACAGGCGUUUACGAAUCAUAUGUGAAAGCGAAGAAGAACUUGGAUGAGACAACUCGGAAAUCAGAGAUGGGGGAGAUGAACAUUCGCAUGUGGAGACAGUUCUGGGAGGAGAGGUUCUUGGCGGAGAAUGAGAAAUGGGAGGCGGAUUUGAAGAAUGUGGUGUUGCCGCAGUGGGAUGAAGUUGUGGAUGAGUUGAAUCAGGCUAUUCUGGAGAGGAUUGAAGGGGCCGAGAGAAUGAUGGGUUUGUUGCAGGCUUCUGAGAGGGAGGGCGAGGGUGGUGAGGAGGGUGAUGAUGGUGAUAGAGGUAGCUUCUCGAGCUAUGAUGCAGUCAGCUCUGUGGUGGAAGAUAUCGCACUGGUGUAA